AUGUAUAGGAUACGUGUGGACAAAAGCCGAGACCUUUUGUUAAUAGUUGUGCCGGACUUCAGAAGAUGGCAACGAAAGAGCGGUUCAGUCAGUGAUUGGGAAGUGAGAGAGGAAUACACGUUAAGAGAUGGAAAAGUUUGCAAAACUAUGGCUCGAAAGCGUAAACAACACUUCGGCGAAGAAUUGAGUGAAAAAAAACGCGGUAGAAGACACAAAACAAGAAGUGUAUCGACAGAAGAAGACAACGACAACACCGGCGCGAGUGGCGAAAGGGAUGCCUCGCGAACAACAACUCCCUUCACUGGUCUUCGGCUGACUCUUCAUCGACAACAUGACCUGAUCUCUGACCACCAAAUUAUCAUUACCAGAACUCGAUUCCCAAUGUCUGCCAAAUAUAAGCAGGUGUUGGCACUGGUAGUGGUGUUGUGUAUUCUUGAGCAAUAA